UCUAAGAGGGGACGUCAGAGCACUCACAGGUGAAGAAAUUUAUGAAACAAUAUGACGGAUGGUUUACCUCGUGUCGGAGAUGAAUUUUUAAAGGGAAUAUGGCGUGAAAAAUUAUUUUUACAUAUAUAAACCACUUUUCAAAGUCAUAAAAGAAUAUCUAGUUCUUAUGUUUUGAAGAUAAACAAAAAAAAAACAAACAACAUAAAAAGUUUCACAUGUUUACAUUACAGUCGCCUUCUUCAACGAGGUCGUUUUAACGCGGUCAGAGAUCUGGACAAUCACAUUAGUAUGCGUAAUUAUGCGACUUACGUAAGCAAUUGUAUAGAAAAAAAAGUGAGCCCCCGUAAAAGUAGAAGGUUCUUUUUAGAAAAAAUAUGUAAUGUUUUGAGAAAGUAAAUAACAAACAUUCAUAUUAAAUUUUAUCAUGGAUCAACCAACGGUACUUGGUUUUCAGUUUGAACCAGAAUUUCAGGAUGAUGAAGAACAUUCUGAACCUGAAGAAUAUUCUGAUAUUUCUUUGGAUGAUGCGAACUUGCGAGCUAUUACAGCGGAGGGAGAUAGGAAAGCUGGGGUCGAUGGUUGGUGUACUUGUGGGCACUGCGUCGUAUUGGAUACGGAAAGAGAGUGCAUAUGCUGCCACGAGAUAGACGAAAUAAAAUAUUUCAAAUUAGACGAUUGCAGAUGUAUCACUGAGCACGAUAGCUUUUCAAACGUUAUGCUGGACAGGGGUGUUCUGUGGACUGCUUUGAUAUCGUUAUAUGACAGGGAAAAUGCAUCUUUACCAUGUGAUAGGGAUAACGUACCUAGCCAAUCAUAUCGCUACGCAUCGUACAGACAGUUUAGUUGGUUCAUCCAUACUAGGUUGGGACGAGGUGUGCGGAGAGUCAUUCCUGCUUGUGUCGUUGCUAAAAUAAGAACAGCCUUCCCUUCUGAAAGUGGUAAUUACACUAGGUUUAGAGAGGGAGGAACGAAUGUUCCCGAGAUUGAAAUGGUGUGGCAAUUUGCAGCUCACGAAGACGAAAGCGACUAAACCGUUCAUUAGUAUACGUGUAAAAUAUCCAUGUAAAUAAUAUAUGUAUGAAAAUAGUAUGUAAAUAAUUAUAUA